AUGGGUGUCGGAAAAGCCAUCAAGCGAAACAAGGCGGUCGCCGUCAUAAUAUCCGUCUUUGACUGGUACCCCUCGGAUUCCUCGCCAGUGGAGAGGAAGCUUCUUAGGAAACUGGAUCUUGCUAUUCUGAUAUUCGGGUCAUUGAGCUUCUUUUGCCGCUUUCUUGGACAGCAAAACAUUACCAAUGCUUACGUCUCUGGCAUGCGAGAGGACCUCAAUGCCUUUGGGAAUGAGCUGAACUACUACAAAAUGGCCUAUAACACGGCCUAUGUGUUGGGGCAGAUCCCCUUGAUGACACUGCAGACCAAGAGCAAGCUAGCCAUCUGGCUUCUCCCAACUUUGCAGAUAUUCUGGGCCAUCAUCGGCUUCUGUCAAUCCACAGUAACUCAAAAUUGGCAUCUCUACGUACUGCGGGCCUUGACCGGCUUUCUAGAGGCUUCUUCUUUUGGUGGAACGCAUCUGAUCUUGGGAAGCUGGUACAAAAAUGAUGAGGUCUUCAAGCGCGCUGGAGUUUGGUUCAUGGGUAAUUCACUUGGCUCCAUGUUCUCCGGAUACCUCCAAGCGGCCGCCUACAAAAACCUCAACGGCGUUAUGGGUCGCGCUGGCUGGCGCUGGCUGUUCAUCAUUCACGGAAUCAUCACUCUGCCCAUCUCCUUCCUAGGAUACGCCGUCUGGCCCGGACUGCCCAUCUCAAAACGCCGCUGGUGGAUGACGGAGGAGGAGCACGCCCUGGCCGUCAAGCGCAUCCCCGUUGUCGAAAAGGAGGGCAUAACUUGGAAGACGUUCAAGUACACGCUCAGCCGGCCCAUGUGGUGGAUCUGCGUGCCGACGUACAUCUGCCUGGUCCUGUCCAAUUACUGGACCACGUACAUGGCGCUGUGGCUCCGUGCAAGCAACUACCCCAUCGAGAUGGUGAAUGUGCUGCCGACGUUUAUCGACCUGAUUCGAGCCUUCAGCUCCUGGCUGGGCACAACCUUGGCGGGGACCCUGAGUCUGCGGGGACUGUGGACGUUUCAGUUUUCCGCAAUGUUCUUUGCAUGUCUGAUGCUCUCCAUCUGGAACAUUCCCGAUGCUCUCAAGUUUGUCGCGUUUUACUUUGGUGGUUUCUCAGGCAUGGCAUCACCUAUUUUGUACACAUGGGUCAACUUCACCCUCAAGGAGAAUUAUGGCGAGCGCGGUCUUAUUAUAUCAUCCAUGAUGACAAUGGGUUUCUCGACCAGUAUAUGGGUGCCACUCUUGAUUUUUCCCACAGUGGAAGCACCCGAAUGGAAAAAGGGAUAUCCGGCAUCUACCGUCUUCCAGUUCCUCAUGUGGAGCGGACUAAUGUUUGGGUCAUGGUACAUGGUGCGCUGGAAGACGAGACAGCCGGACCCGGAGCAGGAGCAGCAGGGGCAGCAGCAAGCGGACGAGGUGGAAAGCGUCAGCACCAGGACGGAUGAGGAUGAGAAGAAUAGUGGCAGGAGCGCAGUGCCGUCAGGGCCGGGAGCUGCGGUGGAGGCAGCGACUGUCGCUGCAGAGGAUCAAGCUGCGCGGCGAUGA